GCAGGUGGGGCGGGAGCGGCACCGGCAGCGGGCGGUGCGGCUGUGCCCGGCCCUCCCCGGCCCGGCCCGCGCUGGCCCCGCGCCCGGCGGGGCUGUGGCGGCGGACGAGCCGCGCUCCGCGCCCGCCUCCCUCGCGAGCGGCGCCGGGCGGGCGGCGAUGGACGGGCAGCCCCCGGCGGGCCCCGCCGCGCCGCGCUGGGGGCGGCGAGCGACCCCCCGCCCGCAGCCGCUCGCCUGGAGCAAGCCGCGGCCGCAGUCGUACCAGAGCCCCAGCGGAGUGCUCGUCACCGACUUCCCCGUGGAGGACAGGUGCGCCUUCUCCGUGACUCGGCCCGGCAGCCCCGCCAUGGGCUCGGUGUCCAACGGGACCGUGCGGCCGCCGGGCUCCCCCGCGCUGCCCCCGGAGCGGCGCUCCCGCGUGCUCGCCCUGGCUCCGGACAGCCCCGUCGGUUCGACCGCCAACGGCACCGUCUCCCCGCCGGGCAGCGCGCAGGGCCGCCGGCCGCCCAGGACCGCGGGGCUGCCCGCGCUGGCCCCGCAGCAGGAGCGGAUCGUGUUCGGAGCCAGCCCUCCGCCCGCACCGUGCCCCCGGGCUGCCGGGCCCCCGGAGGAGCCGGGGGGGUCCCCCGGGCGCGGCCGGGCUGCCGGGCCCCCGGAGGAGCCGGGGGGGUCCCCCGGGCGCGGCCGGGCUGCCGGGCCCCCGGAGGAGCCGGGGGGGUCCCCCGGGCGCGGGCCGGCGGCGGGGCCGGGCGCGGAGCCCCCCGCGCUGCUGAGCACGCACAGCCCCGCGGCGCGCAGGGUGGGCUCGCAGCAGCUGAUCCCCCGCAGCCUGGCCGAGAGCCGGCCCGCGGGCCGCGCCCAGGGCCACGAGCGGGGCCUCAAGGUGCGCAGCCUGGUGGAGACCCCCCGGCUGCCCCUGGGCAGCGACCCCGAGGACGAGCCCGAGGGCGGCCCGGGCGCGCUGCGGCGCGGGCUGCGCUCCACGUCCUACCGCCGGGCCGUGGUGAGCGGCGUGGACCUGGACGGCUCCGCCAACUGCAAGAAGAAAAACAGAAUGUCCCAGCCCAUCCUGAAAGCGGUGGUUGAAGAUAAAGAGAAGUUCUCGAGCCUGGGGAGGAUAAAGAAGAUGCUGAAAGGACAAGGGACGUUCGAUGGGGAAGAAAAUGCUGUAUUAUAUCAGAACUAUAAGGAAAAAGCUCUGGACAUAGAUUCUGAUGAAGAGUCUGAGCCCCAAGAGCAGAAGUUGGAUGACAAGGUUGUUUUCCACUAUAAGCCUCUGAGGUCGACGUGGAGCCAGCUCUCUGUGGUGAAGAAGAAUGGCCUGUCAGAAGCCAUCAGCCAGGAGGAGAGGAAGAGACAGGAGGCAAUAUUUGAGGUGAUAUCUUCUGAGCACUCCUAUUUGCUGAGCCUGGAGAUUCUGAUCCGGAUGUUUAAAAAUUCCAGGGAACUGAGCCUCACAAUGACCAAAACAGAGAGCCACCACCUCUUCUCCAACAUCACGGAUGUUUAUGAAGCAAGCAAAAAGUUCUUUGAAGAACUGGAGGCCAGGCACCAGAACAACAUUUUCAUCGAGGACAUCAGCGACAUCGUGGCGAGGCACGCGGGCUCCACCUUCGACCCCUACGUGAAGUACUGCACCAACGAGGUGUACCAGCAGCGCACCCUGCAGAGACUGCUAGCCACAAACCCAGCGUUUAAGGAGGUGCUGUCCCGGAUCGAGUCCCACGAGGACUGCCGGAACUUACCCAUGAUCUCCUUCCUCAUCCUCCCCAUGCAGAGGGUCACGCGUCUGCCCUUGCUGAUGGAUACUAUUUGCCAGAAAACCCCCAAGGAUUCAGCAAAAUACGAGAACUGCAAGCAGGCUCUGAAAGAAGUCAGCAAGCUCGUGCGUCUGUGCAACGAGGGCGCCCGCAAGAUGGAGAGGACGGAGAUGAUGUACACGAUUAACUCCCAGCUGGAAUUCAAAAUCAAGCCGUUUCCAUUGGUUUCCUCUUCACGGUGGUUGGUGAAAAGGGGUGAAUUAACAGCAUAUGUAGAAGACACUGGACUUUUUUCCAAAAGAACCUCUAAGCAGCAGGUGUACUUCUUCCUCUUCAAUGAUGUCCUCAUCAUCACCAAGAAGAAGAGUGAGGAGAGCUACAACGUCACCGAGUACUCGCUGCGGGAGCAGCUGCUGGUGCUGCCCUGUGACGGGGAGGAGCCCGGCUCCUCUCCUGCCAAGAACGCGGCGGGGAUGCUCCACUCGGGCCGGAAUUCUGCAUCCCACCUCUUCAGGCUCGUGCUCCUCAGCAACCACGCCGGGGACAGGGUGGAGAUGCUCCUGGGAGCAGAGACACAGAGUGACAGAGCCCGCUGGAUCACGGCGCUGCGCCAGGACAGCGAGGGGCACCACACGGACAGGACCACACUGGCCCAGGUGGAGAUCAUCAGGACGUACACAGCCAAGCAGGCCGAUGAGCUCUCUCUCCAAGUCGCUGAUGUCGUUUUGGUUUAUCAAAAAGUGAAUGACGGCUGGUACGAGGGGGAGCGGCUGCGGGACGGCCAGAGGGGCUGGUUCCCCUCGGAGUGUGCCAAGGAGAUCACCUGCAGGGCCACCCUGGACAAGAACAUGGAGCGCAUGGGGCGCCUGCUGGGGCUGGAAACCAACGUGUAGCCGUGUCCUCGCCCCGCUGGGGGCUGCUCCGGCUGGGACAGGGGACAGCAGAGCCACAGCCCAGCAGCAGCACGCUGGACACUCGCCAUCCCUGCUCUGACAGCUCCGAGCCAAGCCCUGGCCCAGCGGCAGCACCUUGCAGCAGUGGCUCGGGCGCUCUCGCGGCUCCUGCCUCGCUGCCUCCUUACGCUCUCGCUGCGUCUGGUUGUGAGCAUCUGAAAUUGUUUUCAGCAGCAGGACUCUGCAGGGGCCCGGGGCUCCUGGCCCUGGUGCUGAUCAGCAGUGCUGAGUGUCCCGCUCCUGAGGAGCUGCAGCCCCAGAGCCUGUCUUACAGGACACCUGCCCUCGUGCCAGCACCCGCGUGGCACUGAACUCGAGUGCCCAGCUCUGGACUCUGUAAAGGCUGACCUACCUCUCCAGGGCAGGCCCAGGGGUGGCCCUGGCCUGGCCCGGGCAGAGCUGGCACCCCGCACGAGACUCUGCAGCUCUGCCUCCGUGAGGCUGCUCAGACUGCUCCACCUUCUGCUGUGGGCAAAGGACUGCUGCAGGCCAGAAACAGGUACCCCGUGCGGCGUGGGUGCUGCUGCUCCACGCUGGCACGGGCAUGUGCUGCAGAGGAGCUGCUGAGCUGGGGCAGUUGUUUCUGGUUUCCUCAGUGGCUGCUGAGCUCUUGCACUUGACAAAGUGCUUCAGAACAGUGGUGAUGAGAUGAAAUGCACUCGCUGCUCUGGGAACAAACGCACUCGUGGCUGAGCAGAGUUCAGGGCAGGUGAGAGGUGUGAGAGUGUGUAUGGGAAAAACCCUCCCUUUUAAGGACCAGCUGCUGCGUCAGCAGUGUAGAAACGAGGGGACAACUUGUACUACCAAGGCUUUCCUGCUGUUGCCUUCCCCAGCCUCUGCCGGUUUCUGUCCUGCACGCUGCUGAUUUGAGGGGUGAGUGAACUGAGUGUUUGUGGAGAUGCGUAGCUCUAAUAAUUUAAACUACGUUAGGAAGGCAGUAAUUUUGUACAAAAAUACUUACCAGAACAGUGUGACAGUGGUUAUACAGCCUUGCAAAUUAAUUUAUAAGUGGACUGAUAAAAUAGUAAUGAGAGAAACUGUAAAUUGAACAAAGACUUAUUUAACAUAGUAAAAACACUGCUACUGUUUUAACAAAUUUUACUGUAUACAUGUGGAUGUUUAACACAUAACUGAAUGUAUAAAUCCAGGCAUUAAUUUUAUUCAGAUUUUUUUUAAUACACUGUAUAUAUUUUUCAUACCUAGUUUUUCCAAAAAUGCUGCAAUGUUUUGUAAAGACAUUUUUCAUUUUUCCUAUUGUUGGACACAGUUCUUCAGGAAUUAAAAGACUUCUGUGAUUUUACAGGACAACAAUCAAUAAAGUGCUUUUUAAAUCCUUACUAAAAAAAGUUUUGAUUUUGUUUUAAAUGCCAUAAAGUCACCAAUUGAUAAUGUCAUUUUUGUCAGAGAAAGUAAAUCUCUUCAGUAAGCAUUGGCAUUUUAGAUUUUCCUGUUCUGUAAAGAUAAAUAGCACAAUCUUGUGUCCUACCUCAUCUGCCAUAGAUGCCAUGUACCUGUUGGACUUGGAGCAAGGGCAGGAGCAGCAUCUCAUUGCUGAGACACCAUUAAGAGGGAGAAGGGAAAAGUCUUCAGUUCUCUCUGCUUCUUGUAGUCUGGCACAGUUCAGCUGGAAGGGACCUACAGCCCAGUGCAGUCCAGCCCCUCAGGGCUGAGCCGGCAUUAAAUCCUGUUCUGUUUUUAAACAGCCUCAGAGCUGGGGCAUCACCACCUCUCCAGGGCCUGUUCCGGGCUCUGUCCAUGCCCCCAGUGAAGCUCUGCUGCCUUGUGUCCAGUCCAAAGCCAGCUUUAGCUGUUAACUCCCCAGCCUCCCGUCCCUGGAGCCCAGGGCAGGGAGCUCAGCCACUCCACACUAUUUUCAUUAGCAAAAGGAAGUCAUUUUCAGCACUGAUUCUCUAUUAGCACUGCUGUUGCGAAGGAAAUAAUCUGAGAACUCAGGCCCUGCACUUGGAACACACAGACACACACUCUCCUUUAACUGGAGGUGGGCUUUACACCGCUACUGCCUUUGUCACUGGGAGCCCAGCAGUGACAGAAGUUUGUUCCUGUAACACCAGCUCGUUUCUGAGGCCAUGGAAUGCGUGUCCCCUUCCUCCUGUAACUGCCCUCAUCAGGAAGCAAGUUGCCAAUGAAAGGCUCGCAGUUGCCCAGAUGAAAUCUCCAAGUGAGUCCUGGUGCUCUGUGCCUGGUGGCUCCACAGGGGCACCUGCUCAGAAACCCACCUGAGCCGAGCCUGGCCCGGCCCCUCUGCAGUCACUGCACCCCUAAGAACAGCUUCUGGUGCUGGCUGCUGCUGCGUGCCAGCCCUGCAACACAACAGCCUCUGCAUCUGCUGAACUUCAACAAACGCUGUAAUGCAGUGCUGUUCGUGACUGCCACGGCAAAGAGAACAUUUGUUUCCACCACACAAAGCUAAUUUGCUGAAAAUAAAAAGGUAAAAAAAGCACGACUUUAGUAACACAUGCUCAGAAUGCACCAUCUGCUCAGCAGCACGCUCACGCGCACAUACCUGAAAUCCUGGAUCCACAAAAUACAUUCACUAAAGUUCUGGGGCUUCCCAGGUGUAUUUUGUUUCUAAAAUAACACACAUAGGCAAAUCAAGUGGAUAGAACACAAGUGUUGGAAAUAAACAGUAAAUCUUGGCACUAAGGCUGAGGAACUCCAAGGCUUUUUCUGCUGUCAUCUGCAAAUGAUUUUCAAAGGCUGUACCAAAACUUCAUCAUUUAGGCAAACUGGAGAUAACAUGAAGGGCAGGCAGAAUUUACUACUUCACUGAACUGCUACAUUCCACAAGCCAGAGUUCUAGAAGGUGCUGGAAACUAAGACAGAAGCAGACUUCGUUAAGUACAACAUGACCUUGACCACUCUUUGUCUCGAGCUGGCCAUUUAAAAACCAAGUUAGAAACCUUCCAUCAGCACUACAUCUUCAUCAUCUAUAACCUGAUGCGGUGGUUUAAGCCUGGUGUGCAGCUCACCCCCAGCGUGGGACGGGGGAGAGACCCUAAGGGGCAAAGUGAGAGAAAUCAUGGGUUGGGAUAAAGACAGUUUAAAACAACAGCCAUAUGUGCAAGCAAAGCAAACCAAGGAAUUAAUUCCCCACCUGCUGAUGGGAGGUGGAAAUUGAGCCAGCCCCAGGACAGAUGGGCUCCAUGCACAGAAUGGGGACCUGCGAGGACAAACGACAUCACUCCAGACAUCCCCCGCUCCUUCCCUGCUUCACCCGGAGCACCGUGGCCUGGGACAUGCCAGGGGCAGCGGGCCAGCUGUCCUGGCCGUGCCCCAGCCCCUGCACAGCCCUGGCCCCCUUGCUGGCCACCGCAGACCCUGGGCUUGCUCAGCCACACCUGGAAUAACACAAUUUACAUCACAAACCCAAACACUGCACCACACACCGAGCACAGAAAAGUGACUCUAAGCCAACACCCCUAACAUCUGUGCUCAUUUGCAAACUCUGAAGAACACAGAAGUUUCUGGUACCUUUCUGCAUAAAGGAGUAUGUUAGGCUGUGUGCUUUAAGCACUGUGAAGAAGUACAGCAAUAUCACUGUUUACACUUCAGUCACUUCCUACAAGUGUGACCCCCUGAGUUUCUUCUGGGAGUGGCCCUUGUGCCACUGCUGACCUGAGCCUCCACAAUGUGGGGUUUGAAGGAACUCAUCUUCAACCAGAACUGCCAUUCCUACCCAGCUUCCAUUUCCUUUUGCCCUCCUUUUGCAUUAUUAAUUUAAAAAUUAGAAUAAAUGAUGGCUAAGUACUGCAAACACCAUCAAAAAAAAAGAGAGAAUGCUGCAGGUGCAGCCUGUAUUUUCUUCAUUACAUUUUAUCCAGCUACACCAGUGACAGGCCUACAGCCAGCUUUUUCUCAAUAAAGCACCGAUUUGUGCCGCAGAGCGGCCGCCCUGCCCGGGCCCAGCGCCGCCCCUCAGGCCUGGGCGCCAUUUUGUUCCCUCCUUCGCCAGCGACGCCCUUUGUUUCCAGCACAGAAAUUCCUCACUACAAAUUAUUUCCUUCCCAUUUCCACACAGUUAUCAGUUAUUUAGACCCCUUUUCUCUCCCCUUUGAGUCCGGGGCUUACCUCCAGCAACGCUGUGGCCGCUGCCUCCUCGGAGCGGCUG